CGUUCGGUCAGAUUCGUCGUGCACGACGAAUGAAAUAGUGCCCGAGGUGAAGUGAAAUAUCAGUGUACGACGAAAUCACAUAACCAACCACAGCGAUUCUACGAGAAUGAUAAUGUUUAUAAAUAUUCGAAUUUGACAUAUGUUACAUGACGAGUGUGGAGUUCAUCCAAAUUCAACUGUGAGAUCUUGUCGCUUGCCGACGUACAAUUUUGUAGCUAUGCCGUUGGUGUAAUUGGUUUUGUCGCCCGUGGUGAGAUCUUAUACGAACGAGGAACGAUGACAACUGGCCAGAGCGGACACGAUCAUUCUCUCGCUAUCAGGCAGGAAAUACAACGUUUCGAGAGCGUUCACCCAUCGAUAUACGCUAUUUACGACUUGAUCGAUCUCGUACCUGACGCGCAUAUUGCCAAGCAAAUUCGUGAGCACGUCGUGGCGAUUGAAGAUUCCUUCGUCAACAGUCAUGAGUGGACACUUGCAAGGGAUGUUCCAGAAUUACAUUUGGGAAUUAUUGGUUCCUCAGACUCUGGCAAAUCAGCACUUGUUCAUAGGUACCUCACUGGUUCCUUCAUGCAUGAGGAAUCGCCAGAAGGUGGUCGUUUCAAAAAGGAGGUCUUUAUCAAUGAUCAGAGUUAUCUUCUUUUAAUCAGAGAUGAGGGUGGUGUGCCUGAAGCUCAGUUCUCUGCUUGGAUAGAUGCUCUAUUACUUGUAUUCAGUUUAGAAAAUGAAGAGAGUUUCUCAAUAGUUUGUGGUUUUUAUAAUAGAAUGUGUUCUUUUCGAAAUAUGUCAGAGGUACCAAAAAUACUCGUAGGUGUACAAGACUCAAUUAAUGACAGUAAUCCACGUGUCAUAAAAGAUGUUAAGCCGCGAAAAUUGGCUUGUGACUUGAGAUGUCCUUAUUAUGAGACAUGCGCCAUUUAUGGCUUGAAUGUUGAAAGAGUGUUUCAAGACGUGUGUCAAAAAAUUAUACAAAACUCAUCCACAAAACAUUUCCCCUGCGACGUACCUCAGCACAGUACGGAGAGCGAUAUUAAAUUUCCGGUGCCCGUUAUCACUAAAACCGCGCAUCUUCACAAUAAGGAGAUGGAGAGCACGAAUUCGUUGAAAGCGAACACCUCGGAAAAAGAUGAAGACUGUCGAUCUAUACACAACAGUUCCAUGCCGAACGAUUCGGGAUUGCUGAACGACAAUUUCCAUAAUAUGCAGAAUCAGCACGGAGAACUGCGAACAUCAAUUUUGACUCCGACCACCAUUCGGAAAUUUCGAAGAAAAUCGAAUAUAUUCACACCUUCCAAGAAAGAGAAAUAUAUGGGCGAGAUGGGCGUUGGUAGGGAAAUACCGGUCAAGCAAGGCUACCUAUUUAAACGAAGCAGCAAAUCCCUGAAGGAGUGGAAGAAGAAAUACGUCACGUUAUUAGAAGAUGGCCGUUUGACUUAUCACUCGAGCUUGCAUGAUUACAUGAACGAUGCCAACGGCAAAGAGAUUCUCUUGCAAUACGUCACAGUGAAGGUACCUGGCAAGACACCGAAAGGCUCUAAGUCAUAUAGUGCUCAAGACAGUUUCGAGUUCUCUAUCAUCUCCCUGGAGAAUAAAACGUGGCAUUUCGAGGCGAAUAACGCCGAAGAUAGGGACAGCUGGAUCAGCGCGAUAGAACAACAGAUACUGUCGAGUCUGCAAAACAGCGACGGCGACAAGAAAAACGAGACUGACGCCUUCAAGAUGCACUGCAUAAAAAACAAGGUCUCAGGAAACGAUGCGUGCGUCGAUUGCGGCACGCCAAAUCCUGACUGGGCCAGCCUGAAUCUAGGCGUCCUGAUGUGCAUCGAGUGUUCCGGCAUUCACAGGAAUUUGGGCUCGCACGUCUCUAAAGUUCGAUCCUUGGAUCUGGACGACUGGUCCGCAGGUCACCUAAGCGUCAUGUUGGCUCUCGGCAAUAACAUAGCCAACAGUGUCUGGGAAUAUUGCUUGAACGGCAAGCAGAAACCCGUUUCGGACUCGUGCAGGGAGGAGAAAGAACAAUGGAUUAGAUGGAAGUACGAGGACAAGCUCUUCUUACCGCCGAUCAACCCGAACGUUCCCCUGGGGAAGUUACUCAUUGAUUCGGUUUGUCGGGGAAACAUGAGAGUCUUCACGUUCUGCUUGGCUCGAUGCACCCAUCAAGACAUCAAUAUGCCGGUCAACGAGCCGGAAGACCAGCGAACGCCGUUACACCUGGCUUGCGCGACCGGGAACUUGGCAAUGGCGCAACUCUUGAUAUGGCAUAAAGCGAACCCUCAAAAUUUCGAUCACGAGGGACGCACGUGCAUGUCGUACGUGCGAGCUCUGGAGAAAACUCUCGACAAUUCGUCGGACUCGAUGGAGAUGCAAAAGCUACUCGAGGUAUUGGAGCAAGCUAGUAUCUCCGGAAUGGACGACGCGGACGCAUCUUAGUAUUAAAGACGACACAGAGGAGAGUAAUGCCUUAUAAAUCAACCCUGCCUGCGUCUUUUCGCUAUUGAGAAUAUCGGUGUACUUACGGUAUACAUAGAAAGCCAUGCUUCGUCUUUUAGUGGCUUAUUACGAAGAGGGAUGAAGGGGAGGGAAUCGCUUUUGAGAGUGACAUUCGUUCGAAGGAGAGCAGCCAAAGUACGUUGAGACGAGAGAUUGGGGACGCAGUAAUGAUUUAUUCUACGGUAGCGUUAGCUGUAUGAAAAGGGAAAAAAAUAUAUAUAUGUAAAUGUAAAAAGUUUAUAACGCGCAUCGGCGAUCGAAAUCAUUUUAAUACGGAUCAUACGAAAUUCACUCUGAAUUGGACGAGAAUUUUAAAUGCGAUAUUUGAAUGUUAUAAUAAAUUUUAAAUACGCGACACGUAAUUUUGUACAUUAAAGAUAAUUCUUGAAGAGAAUGAAAAAAGAAGAAACGGUAAAUUUCGCAAUAGGAUAUUUAUAAUAAUAAAAAAUUUGUGUCAAUCACGGGGAGAAUGGACUAAUAGCAUGAUCGAGUGUAUAAUUGUCAAUGACUGAGAGUACAAACACUCAUAAAUGUAGUUUAUAUUUAUAUAUAUCUAAUACAUGUAAUGUAUUUGAAGUAUGCUCUUAUAAUUUUUAUUUUAUUAAUUAUCAAUUGAACGUUUCAUUACCUCGCACUAUGUCCCGUUCAUUCGUAAAGCACCAAGUUUGAUGUUUCGUUUUGUUUCGGCUCUGUGCGCAUGAUUAUGUCACGUGUAUCUCACAACUUUUUAUAUUUCGCCGCGGAUGAUGUAGCGCUUAUACCGUGAACCAUCUCCUCCUGUGCAUUCUUGUCAUCUGCAAGCGAACAUAUAAAUGGAAUAAAUAAAAUAGAGACCAGGUGCUCUAUUCUGGAUACAUAUUGAACGCUAAAUAUAUCUUUUUAAUUCUUAAACUGAAACAGUUAUAUGUUUGUAUAAAAAAAAAGAAAAAAAGGAACGUGGAAUUAAAUAGGGAUACUAAGUGUUCGCUUUGCGUCUAGAAUAGGGCUCCGGGAUAGCGAUCAUGUCAUUUCUCUAAACGAGGAAGCAUAGAAAGUAUAAAGUUUCAUGUAAACUCGAUGAUUCGAGCGAGAUUAUGUAAUAUGUUUUCGAACCAUGGAAAUGUAAAACUUCUCGCAUGAAACUUUUAACUUUCCACGUUUUUACCUCUGAAGAAAAGUUACACGAUUACCAUCUUGAUCGCGCGUCUCAUACACGAAGCAAUCUGUUUUCGAUUGACGUUUCUCUAUAAACGAUUUCUAUUAUUUACUUUACCUAUAGGAUAAAUGUUCGUUGGAAAAAUAGGCAUUUUGCUGUAAUACGUGGUAGUACUUAGCGUCGAUGCGGCGGACUGAGACGAGAGGGUGGCUCUCCACACAGUAGGAUUCCUGGACACGAGACAUAGAUUGCAAAAACACACUCUCUGUAUACUCUAACUCUGUUCACUGCAAUUUUAUAAUACUCGUUAGGUUUACGUACGUCUUUAAAAUAUUUAACUCGUCGGCUAUCGCGCCCGAGAGCGGCACCGUCAAUGUGUAAACUCUGCCGCAAAGUUCGGCGUGAUGCCGUAGCGGGGACGAAAGUUCGGAGAGAAACUCCUUGUACGCGUGAACGAACAUGCUCUGCAAACUCUCGACUGAGCACUCCAGAUGCGUCUCAAUAAGCAGCAUGCAUUCCAAACUGAUGUGAAUUUGUGCCAACGUGAGCAACUUCUUUCUGCAAUUCGAUCAAUAAAGUCAUUGACUACACGGAGUUUACUGAGAA